ACAAUAAUAAAUAUUCAAGAUUUUUAAUAGUAAAAAAGAAAUUAAACAAAAUGUCCAUGACACUUAUUCUACUAACCAUUAUAACAAUUCUUAUAAGUUUUGUAUUUUAUCAUAUAAAACGUAAACUCAAUUACUGGCAGGAUCAAGAAAUACCCCACCUAAAGCCCAGCCUAGUGUUAGGUAAUUUCCAGGGCGUACGGAAGACGCGCAGUAUGGCUGAGAUACUAACACAACAUUAUGAGAAAUUUAAAGGCUCAGGACCAUUUAGUGGCUUUUAUUUUAUACAUCGAGCUGCUGUGGUAGUUUUGGAUAUCAAGCUAAUGAAAAAAGUUUUGAUAACGGAUUUCAACAAUUUUACCGAUCGUGGUUUGUUUAGCAAUGAGAAAGAUGAUCCCCUAACUGGACGCUUAUUUCUAUUGGAUGGUGCAGCAUGGAAAAAUAUGAGAAAUAAAUUAUCGCCCACUUUUAGUUCGGGCAAAAUGAAAAACAUGUACAGCUUGGUGGUAAAACAUGCAGAGGAGUUGGUAAAAGUAUUAAAUGAUUUAACAAGACAAGACCCCAACCUGGAAAUAAAAGAUAUAAUGGCCCGUUUUACCACCGAUGUUAUUGGCUCAUGUGCCUUUGGCAUCAACUGUAACAGCUUAAGACAUCCUCAGGCAGAAUUUCGAGUAAUGGGUUUGCGAUCCCUAAACGAACGUAGACAUGGACCUAUUAUAACGGGUUUCAUGCAAAGUUAUCCCGAUUUGGCGCGAAAACUUCACAUGCGUAUUGUUCCAGAUGAUAUAACAAAUUUCUUUAUAAAGAUUGUUAAAGAAGUAAUUGAAUAUCGUGAGCAAAAUAAUAUUACUGCUCAUGAUUUUCUGGCUAUACUAACAAGUAUAAAGAAGGAAUCAGAAGUUAAAUUGAGCAUAGAACAAAUGGCGGCUCAGGCUUUUGUAUUCUUUUUGGGAGGUUUUGAAACCUCUUCAUCUACAUUGGGUUUUGCUUUAUACGAAUUGGCUUUAGAGCAGGAAAUUCAAGAGCAAUUAAGGCAGGAAAUCAAAGAGGCUUUUUGUAAAGAUAACAAUAAUAUUGAAUAUGAAACACUACAUCAAUUGAAAUAUAUGGGUCAAGUUAUAUCAGAAACUCUACGCAAAUACCCUAUUGUUCCAUUUAUAACCCGUGUGGCUUUAAAUGACUAUUUGCUUCCGGGCUCUUCCAAAUAUGUGAUUAAAAAGGGCAUGCCUGUUUUUAUACCCAUUUAUGCAGUACAUCAUGAUUCAGCUUUCUAUCCCGAACCACAAAAAUUUAAACCCGAAAGAUUUGCAUCAAAGUUAGAAGACUCUAAAGGUAGUCAGCCCUGGCUGCCAUUUGGUGAGGGUCCUCGUAAUUGCAUUGGAUUACGUUUUGGUCUCAUGCAAACUAGAGUGGCCUUAGCAUAUCUUUUGCUUCAUUUUAAGUUUACGAUUUGUGAGAAAACCGAAAUUCCUUUAGUUUUCGAUAAGGCCUCGGUGCUUUUGUCAGCCAAGAAUGGUAUUUAUUUGAAAGUGGAGAAAAUUAUAUAAAUUAUGGCGUAAAUUUGUUAUUUUAGAAUAAGAAGGAAGAAAAAUUAAUUUGUUUUAAAAAGUGUGAAAAAGAAAAUUAAUAAAAAUUAAAAAUAAAUUUAAGAAUAUAACACAA